GACAAGGAAGACGAGGGAGAGGCGGAAGGGAGAAAGGGAAUAGCUGCGAGUCGGAAUCGAGCACAGCAGAGAGAGAGAAGGGGGAGAGGGGGAGGAGAGCGAGCGGGAGACGCGAAAUCUCCGGCAUGGAGCCCACGUCCUCCCUCACAUCCUCAUACUCCUCCUCCUCGCGGGAUGAAUGAGUGACGUCCAUGCACGAGCCACCAUCCCGCCUGCUCCACCUUGCUCUAUCCACUGCUGCUGCUGCUAACGACGACGCCGCCAUCGCCGCCUUCCUUCUGCCAGGAGCGGCCACCAGCCUCUCGCGCCCAGCCGGUGGUGGUGGUGGCGCUUCGCCCCGGCACCCGGCAUGGCGUGCUGUACCGGUCGCUGCGCGCUCAUCUUCAUCUGCUGCCUGCAGAUGGUGGCCGUGCUCGAGCGCCAGGUGUUCGACUUCCUGGGCUACCAGUGGGCGCCCAUCCUCGUCAACUUCCUCCACGUGCUCCUCCUCAUCCUAGGCCUCUUCGGUACCGUGCAGUGCCGGCCCCGCUACAUCGUGCUGUACGCGGCGUGGAGCGUGCUGUGGGUGGCCUGGAACGUGUUCAUCAUCUGCCUCUACCUGGAGGUGGGCGGCCUCACCAAGGGUGGCGACUACUUGACGUUCACCGCGUCGCGUCACCGCUCCUGGUUCCUGGAGCACGGCCCGGGCUGCACAGCCGAGGCGGUCGACUCGGAGCCCGCGCUCGCCGUGGGAGGAGGAGGAGGGGGUGGGGGCGGUGCCGUGUUGGGGGGUCCCUCGGUGGGGGGCGGGGAGGGGGGGGCCCCCGGCGGGGGGGCCCCGGACGGUCACGUGCUGCUGCGCGUGUCGGGCUGCCUGCUCGAGUACCCCCACCUCGAGGUGCUGCACAGCGGCGUCCACAUCCUGCUGGCGCUCUUCGGAUUCGUCUACUCGUGCUACGUCGUGAGCGUCAUCACGGAAGAAGAAGACAGCUUUGACUUCAUAGGUGGAUUCCAUUCAUACACAGCCUACCACUCCCCACAGAAAGUGUCACACUUACAGUUAAAGCCUGUCUAUGUCCCGAACUAAAUAACGGACGGCGAGGAGAGCCCAUUUGUGCGACGUCUCGCGGUGAAGAUGAGGUCGUUACAAAGCACUCCAAAAUUCCACACACGAGGCCUGCCGCCAGCGAAUAACCAGCGGACAGUGUGCGGCCGCACCCGAAGAAACACGGACACGUGGAGACGGAACGCACUGCACGCGUGUGCGCGCGCGUGUGUGUGUGUGUGCGGUGUCUACAAACUGUAAAACUAAAGACAAAGGUCCCCGCCAUAAAGCGCUCAGCAGACUCUGGAGGCAAGUGCUGUUAGCGGAGCACCUAUGAAGGCCGGCAAACGGCACACGAAGGGGUGCGUGGCCAAAAUCAACGGGAAGAGCCGCCAAUUCGCCACCAAAGCGGCGGCGACGUCACCACGACGCUGGGGCGAGGCUCGGUGAGCUUUGAGGACAUCGCGUGAAGUGUCCAAGACUCGCUGGCGGGGGGGUCACGGUACAGACCCCAAGGGGCCAUGGGUUGCCUGGCUGAGAUGACUGGCAGAUGCACCACUUCUGCUCCCCUUUGUGCCAACACCACACCCGGCCACAAUUUUAAUGCCACAAUGACGUCACAAUUACAUGAUUUGAAACGACGCCCCUGCAGUUGUGGGCUUACUCCCUUCACACGCGGGGGAAAUUAACGUGUCGACCUAACUGUGCCAAUGUGCCGACGUUGUUAUCCUUUCGGUCAUCGCACAACCGACCAUCGCCCCUAUUGUGAGCGUGGCAAAGUUGAGAUCUGACGAUUGUGUAACCCCCCCCCCUCUCUCUCCACGCCACGCCCACUAUACACACCUCCAAUUGGCACGGUUGGCUACGUGCGGUGCGAAAGAAGUCCAACAUACACACGUGCAUCCGCUUGCACGAGAGGUACAAACGCUGCGCGCUCAGCAACUUCCGAUGCCAACAAUAUGCACGCAAGUCUAAAUGGUUUACCGGUCGGUCUGCAUAUGUCGUACGGAAUUAUAGAGCACGUCACGUUAUUGUUUGAAACCGAUAGUCGUUUUAAGCAAUAUUGAGAGCGAUAAUUACUCAUAAUAACGGUUUCUAUCCUUCCCGUCAAGUGACGCGAAGAGAAGCCGUCGAAUGACGAAGCCACGUGCUCGUGUUGAGAUCGAGCCCCGGUCCUCUGCUGCCCUCUCGCGGGCCAACUUAUAACUGAACAUUCACAAAAUACUCAACAUUCGUCAAUAGCACUCUGGCCUAUUAAAUUAAUAAUAAUAAAAUUAAAUACCGUAUUCGGCGGCGUUUCAGGCAAUGGCCCUCUGCUUCACCUGCCUAUGUGAUGUGAAGAAGGACGACUGACCGAAACGUCGCCUUUCAUACUGACGCUGGCCGUGUUGAGUUGUUAUUGUUGUCUGUGCUUGUGCACCGCUGCCAACGCAGCUACAUCAGCAAAACAUUUUUUUUACUGAAUUCUCAAUCUUCCAAGCAGCCCACGAAAUCGGCUGAUUAAACAACCAAGCCGCCAUAUCAAUGAAACAACUUAUUAACCUUUGAACCAGAUGAUCAACCAGAUGAUCAACCAUCCAAACGAAUUAUCAACCAACGGACCAAAUCAUUGAUCAACCAACUAACCAGCUGAUCAACCAAUCAACUGGCUAACCAAUAAAACCACCCCACUGAUCAACUGACCUGGUGAUCAACUAAGCUGAUCAACCAACCAGCUUAUCAAACAGCCACUGAUCGACCAAUCAAGCAUUGAUCAAUCCACGAACGAACUAAUCAAUGAAGGAGUGAGUCGUUUGGACGGGAACGGUGACGGGACGGCCCAAGUCCCAUCGCGCCCACGUCUUCGCCAAAGACCCGACAUGGAACGAACCUUUGAACACGCGUUGUUUUUAUUUUAUUUAUUUUUUUACACGAAACCGAAUCAUCACGGGACGCCUGUAACAACAUUGCUCCCUGGACAGAAGCUCCCUCUUCCUUCGCUCCGCUGUCCGGAUAUGAAACUGCCCUCCCCGAUCAACCAAAUUGUCGGCGAGGUCACCGAUCCCGGUCUUCAAAUGCCGCGCACGUGGACAUCUGCUAACCUCACCACGCGCAUCGUAGGGACGGAGCCUUUGAGCUGCAGUGAACCAAUAAUUAUGCCGAUUGGACGUACUCGUGCCUCACAUGGCUGUUGUUCACAACUGCACCCAAUAACAACAACAACAGCAGCUAAAGCAGCAGCAGACACAUGUCGAAAUUGGAUCUCGAUCACACAAAUGGAGGCGGCUUGGUGAGAUUGUCUUCCAAUAAUGGAUUGACCAAACGCUGCUCCUCCUGCCGCUGAUGAUGAUGAUGAUGACGACGGUAAUGACUCAUUCGAUAGACAAUGCUGCUGCUGGUGAAGGUUGCGGUGGCGGCGGCGGCGUGGGUGGAAUGGUAUUGUAAUUAAUCUCUUCGGAUGCCGAAUUAAUGCCGAAUUCCUUCCCUCGUGCUAUGAAGAGGCCGAACCACCCCACGCACCCUCCCCGCGGACGAUUCGAGAGAGGCGCACAGAAAGCGGGGGGCGGUGCGGGGGGGAGUGGUCGUGGUGAGUGCACAGGCGCAGCCCUGCAAGUGCUGUCUAAAACGCCGCUGCUGGAACGAGGGGAUCCACGAUUAGAAACUCGAGGGAGCUUCUCUCUCUUAAGAGGGGGGCGUGC